AUGGAGACAAAGAAAGAAAAGAGCAAAGAAGGUUUAAUCGCUGCCAAAGAGCUCAAGCGCCUCCAAACCAACUUAGUCCGACUUGAUCGAUUCAUUGAUUCUCAUCCAAGUGGGGACCAACAGUUCACUGAGCUUGAUUCAGUUGAGAACUUAGGAAUCAAAAAGAGGGACCUGAUUGGCUCUAUCAAAACCUCACUGGAGCAUGAGUGUCCCAAGCAAGUCUCAUGCUCUGACGUCAUCAUCCUCUCCGCCAGAGACACCGUGGCUCUCACGGGAGGCCCACUCAUUUCCGUGCUAUUAGGACGAAAAGACUCCCUCUCCACUCCAAGCAAACACGUGGCAGACUCUGAGCCUCCUCCCUCCACUGCUGAUGUUGACACCACCUUAAGCCUAUUCGCUAGCAAUGGCAUGACCAUUGAACAGUCUGUGGCCAUUAUGGGUAUAUAUUUAUAAGAAAUUUUCAUCGUAGCCUUCUAUCUCAGUUUUUCUUUCAG